UGAUAGACCUGCGUAGUAUGAGGGACAGCAGCGAGCGAAAGGGCAGAACCACUGUAUUUGUCACUGCAAUCUCUGAGAUUAAACACCUUUCAAGGCUAUCAUGAUUUGAGCUGCCGUGUCUUCUACACUGGUGUCCCAUCAAAUCUAGGAGGACAUGCAGGGCGGCAGGAAGCUCCUGUGCGGCGCCAUGCGGCUCUUCCUGCGCGGCUCGCGGCUCUGUCUGAAGCAGGGCCACCGCCGCGCCCCCCGCCGUCUCCGCCACCUGCUCAGCUACAUCCGCCUGCUGCUCUCCUCCCUCUGCUACAACAGCCUCACCAACUCCGAGCUGGUCAUGGACUGCCUCUUCGAGCCCGUCUUCUGGCUGGUGGACCUGCUCACGCGCUGGUUUGGGGUGGUGUUUGUCUGCCUGGUGGUGGUGCUUACCAGCUCCAUCCUCAUGAUCGCUUACUUCGCCCUGCUGCCCCUGGUGCUGCGCACCUACUCGCCCAUCUGGAUCGCCUGGCACAUCUGCUACGGGCACUGGAACCUGGUCAUGAUCGUCUUCCACUACUACAAAGCUACCAAGACCCCACCUGGCUACCCUCCGCAGAGGAAAUUUGACGUUCCAUCAGUUUCCGUCUGUAAGAAAUGCAUCAUUCCCAAGCCUGCCAGAACUCAUCACUGUGGGAUCUGCAACACCUGCAUACUGAAAAUGGACCAUCACUGCCCCUGGCUGAAUAACUGCGUGGGACACUUCAAUCACCGCUACUUCUUCUCCUUCUGCCUGUCCAUGACCCUGGGCUGCGUGUACUGCAGCAUCAGCGGCCGAAACCUGUUCGUGGACGCGUACAACGCCGUCGAGCACUGGAAGAGCUUGGACGUGGAGAAGCAAGGCGUGCCUGUGACAGGGGUGGGCUUGCUCAUUGGCAUCCUGCCCCCUGGAUCCGUGACUGGGCAGAGCUACUACCAGACGUCACCUCCUCCAUAUACCUUCAGGGACAAAAUGUUCCACAAGAGUGUGAUUUACAUGUGGGUGCUGACGAGUACGGUGGCGCUAGCUCUGGGUGGCCUGACACUGUGGCACGCGGUGCUCAUCUCCCGGGGCGAGACCAGUAUCGAGAGACACAUCAACAGCAAAGAGACACAGCGCUUGCAGAAAAGGGGAAGGGUGUUCCGGAACCCCUUCAGUCACGGGCGGCUGAACAACUGGAAGGUGUUCUUUGGCGUGGAAAAGCGGAGUCAUUGGCUGACUCGAGUUCUCCUGCCCUCUAGCCACGCCCCCUAUGGGGACGGGCUCACCUGGGACUUCUCUCCACGCAGAAAAGACAUGAUGGCAAUCUAAACCCAGCCAAUGAAAGGCUACCGCUCGCCAGAGCGCCCCCUGCUGGCCCUCCAGAGUCACGCGCCCCCCCCAGGACUCGUGUGGACAUCAUGGUGCUGCUUAGGCCUGACCUGUCCUGGGGCAAACCUGACCGCACAGGAACCUCUGGAAGAACCGCCUCUUUCCUCCCAGGGUCCUGCUGUUCCAGCGCGUGUGACACGGACGUGUUCUCUGUACGUCGAACUGAAGCGUGUUCCUGCACUCCGUCGUGUUCCUAUUGGACGCGCUCGCUUACGGGCGCCCGGUUUCCUCACGGCUGCGCGUGACUGGAGGAGACCGGGAAGGGGUGUGACAUCACCGCGCGGCGCCGCUGCGUCCGGGCGGGCGGCUUGGCGGCCUGCCGUCGGGACGGGCCCGGUUCAAAUCGAGUGAAAACUCCGCCCAGCCGCUACGUCACCUACCGACCAGGAGCCCCGUUGCUGACCUCACGCGCCCACUGAUGAAACACUGGCCUCACCUGAGCACCUGGUUGCUUCCUGCCGUAAACUGAUUGGCCACAGGGAGGAGCUCAUUAUCAUUGGUGGGCUGGAUGUAUGUCACGGAAGGAGGGGAGAAUGCUGAUUGGUGCCUUGACUCGGGCCCCACCCACCCCCCGCCCCCGCUCUCAUCAGAAGCAAUAAAACGGUCAAGGAGAAUUCCAGCCGGCACUUCCUGACUGCUGUUGCCAUCACGACCACGUGGAGCCGUGCUCCACUGUGCAGAAGAAUGCGUUUCUACCCGUGCAUUUUACUUUGUUGUUGUUUGUUGUUCCUAAUGACACUGUCAUGUUUGCGCUAUUGUUUUUACACUGCACAGGCCGAGUAAAAUUCACAGAACCGUUCUGUUAAA